CUAGGUUUUUCUCCUCCUCCUCCUCCACAGGAAUUAGUCCGAUCGAUCAUGUCUAGCGGAAGGUCAUCAAGCCAGUCAUCGGGAAGUCCAUCAAUCAGAGAUGACCAGAUCAUCGAGCUCGUCUCUAAGUUGCGCCAGUUGGUUCCUGAGACUCGCGACAGGCGCUCCGAUCAGGUAUCAGCUUCCAAGGUCCUACAAGAGACCUGCAGCUACAUCAGAAACUUACAGAGAGAGGUUGAAGACUUGAGCGAGAGACUGUCCCAACUGCUCGCUACAAUUGAUGCUGAUAGCGCUGAGGCCGCCAUUUUUAGGAGCUUGAUUAUGCAGUAGACGUACUCUAUCUGUAACUCUAUAAAUAUCGUUAUGUUAGUUAAUUUAUAAGUAUCUAUAUAGUUGCACUACAUCUUUAUUUCUUUCUAGGUUUUGAUCACCAUGAUCAUCAAGCAAACGGUUAAUUAAGUACUGGUACUACGUACUCAUGUACGUAAGUACCCCAUCUUAGACAAAGAGCUCAUGUAAUAGAUCAAGUUUGUUUGAUUAAUAAAAAGGACUUGCACUAGCUAGCUAGCAAAUCCUAGCUAUCAUAC